GCAAUUGACACCGCUUCACAAGUCGGGCCCCCGCGUGGUGCGUGAUGCCGCGUGCCUCCGGCCCAUCUCGAUCUCCACUGUCAUGUCUGCGGUUGUGGACGCCCUCUGGACACAGCGCAACCGCUCUGCGCUCACGCAAUAUUGCGGCGCUGGCCAGCAGGGCGGGGUCGGGGACCCCUUGCUUGUGUUGUUAGCGCUGCUGCUCCACGCGCAGCUCCGCGGCGCUCAAGGGCCCCCCACGUACUGGGCGCUUACUGACCUUCGCUGGGCCUUUGAUGUGGCCUCGCAUGAUGCCAUGCGCCUGUCGUCGUAUCUUGCUGGCGUGGUGAAGGACGAGUGGCUCUUGUUGGAUGAUUUCAUCCAGAUGGACAUCCAGUUUGUAGCCCUCCAGGGGCUGGACGCGCUGGGUGCGGAGCACUUGCAGCCACUGCAGUUCUCUGACGAUCUGACUGUCCUUUGCCCGCCCCCAGGCGCCCUCCGCGCCGUUGUAUCUGCCGAGCCAGAUUCUGCGUGUAGCCUGUUUGCCCGCGCUGUCCGUGCCGACUUUAAUUACGCCUCUGGUAAAACAGCGGCCAUGGCCGUGGCUGGUAGCCCCGACCCCGGGUGGGUGGGCUGCCCCGUCGUGGAUCAGAAGCUGGUGCUUGGCGAGGUGGUCGUUGCGCAAUGCGGCUGGACGUGCCGGUUGGGCACGCGGAUGCUCGAGCGAGCAAUCAUGGCGCGCGCCCGUGUUUUGGCGCAGCCUCCCGACCACCCCGGCACCCGCAUGCUCGCGCUGGCGCGCCGCCCCACGCGCGCCUCCUGGGCGAGCGCCGUCGCCGCCCGCAUGGCGGAGCUCACGCCACCUGUCCUGGACAUCGAUGUCCACCCAGCUUUCCACCACCCUCUGCGUGGCGCCAAGGGCUCUCUGCAAUUGCGUAGGUCUCUGCUGCGUGACUUCAAACUCCAGGUGGUUCGCCCGGCCCUGCGGGCGCGCGAUCGGGCCGCGUUCCAACGCGCGACGGGCGCCUGUUUGCCCACGCUCGGGAUGUCCUUUGCUGUGCUCGUCCCCGAGCCCAACCAGCUACCGAUGGCCCUACUUCAGUUGGAUUUUGGGCCACAUAUGUGGCGCGACUGUCGCACGUGGUCCGUUGCGCGUAUGUCCGGGGCAUGGCCCCUCCCAGUCCUUGGCGUGCUGUGUCUCCCCGUCACACUGGACCGCUGUGCUGCUUGCGGAGCUGCGCAGGUGGACAUUGCCCAUGCUAUUUGUGGCUGCCCCAGGCAGGCCGCGCAGCGUGCCGAUUUGGAGUCUCGCGCCCUGCUCCCGCCGCUAUCUCACGCGGCCAUGUACAUGUACCAGCUCUUCCGCGAGGGGCCGCCGCCUGAAGAGAGGUGGCACCACGUUCUCUACGUGGCGCGCGCCUUGCACGACUCGAUAG